CGUGUGUGAGGCACUCAGAAAAAAAGGAAAAAAAAAACUCUUCCCAAGAUUCCGUUGUGAGUGAUUUGUGAAUGACGACUUGAAACCCACCUGCAUUGGCUUUAUUUCUGUGUAAUAAUAUUCCACCGAUUCCCAUGUAAACAUAUAGUACUUUAAGCUUCUUUUUUUUUUUUCUCGUUUUUGCUAUAUAUCACUGCCACAUGUUGGUUGGUUCAAGUCUCAACCAUGCAAUUUUUAAACGUUUAAUGGAUCUGAACCUAAUCUCUACUACCUCUGCAACUCUCAAAAUUCCAUGUGUUUUAAGGUAUUCUUUAUUUCACUACCCAAAGCUCUCGUCUGCAAAACCCACCUGGCAUUUUUGCUUGUUUUUGGUUUUUUCCCAUCAUUUGGUUUUCUAGGAAGGGCUAGGUUUUAUGGGUUUUAAUUUUGAAGAUUAGUUAUAUCAUUCUGGAUAAAACACCAUAUGGGUCCCUUGCUGCAGUGUUGCAGGAAGGCUCAGAUAUUUUUGUAGUUUUCUGUGGAAAAUUAUUUUUGGGUUUUUGUUUGAUAGAACAAUUUUGGCCAUUGGAUCUUAAUUACUUGAAAAAGUAUACCGUAUGCUUUCUCUAUCUUGUAGUUAGGAAGGUUUUUAGAUUCAUUUACGGAGCCUUAUCAUUUAUGGUGAAGAAAAUUCAUUUUUCACUUCUUUGUUGAGCUUUCAAUGUUAUAGUCCUAAGUGGGUUGGUAUACCCAUAAGUGGCCAGUAGUAGUCUUUGUGGGGGCAUAGACUAGGACUAGUUCUUGUCUAGUAGAUCUGUUUCUGUAGCAGUCUAGAGAUCUAAAUGUGGAUAACAACUUAGAGCUUCCAAGAUUGUAUUUGGACGAUAUUGGUAUAUAUUCUUGGGAAUCUACUUUAGGAUAACAGAAAAUUGAAAAUUUGUGUAUAGUUUGGGCGGAAGAAAAAGAUUAAAGUGCUUUGUUGUGGGGGUAAAAAAAUGAGAUCCAUAGAGGACAAAGGAUGCUAUAAUCAUGGUCCAACGAAGGAGGUUUCAGGUGGUAGUGAUUUGAGCUUCGAGUUUCAAAAAGGAAAUGGAGGAGGUAACCGAACUUCUCAUCAUCGAACAGCCUUGGGAAAACCAACACCUUCCAAGUGGGAUGAUGCACAAAAAUGGCUGGUUGGGUUGUCAAGAGGUGGAGGAGGAGGAGACAAGAACCAAUCCAAAAACAAGCCUCGAAAUUCGAACGCCGAUGAUCUGAGACUCAUUGCUCCUGUGCCACAGAAAGAGCAGGAUUACUCAAGUGAAGAAGAUGAAGUAGAAGAAACAGGAAAUGGAUGUGCUGCUUCUUCAAUUGCAUCUCAAUAUGAUGUUGAAACAAAGAAGGUUGAUUGUAAUGAGUCAGUUUGGAGGAUCAAUAAGCCAAUGGCAAACUCGAUGUCAGCCGUUAGAUCAAUCUGUGUGAGGGAUAUGGGGACAGAGAUGACCCCUAUUGCAAGCCAAGAGCCUUCAAGAACUGCUACUCCUAUCAGAGCCACAUCUCCUAUACCUAGAAGCCCUAUAUGUUCGGGAUCUUCUACCCCCGUUAGGUGCCAACAUGGGAUGCAAAAUUCUGAGGGCUACCAGACAUGUCAAAUACAAAAUGAAGGUAGAUAUGAGGCUAAUGUUCCUGGCAGCAGAGGAGAUGGUUCAACCAGAAGGUAUGCAGAAGAAUCAGCUAACUUCAAGAAGGCUGAAAACCAGAACUCAGAUCAGGCUGGAAAACUGAACCCCCUCGAAACACGAGCAAUAGCUUGGGAUGAAGCCGAACGUGCCAAAUACAUGGCGAGGUAUAAGCGUGAAGAGGUGAAGAUACAGGCCUGGGAAAAUCAUGAGAAGAGGAAAGCUGAAAUGGAAAUGAGAAAAAUGGAGGUGAAAGCGGAGAGAAUGAAAGUUAGAGCACAAGAAAAAAUGACAAAUAAACUAGCAGCAACAAGAAGAAUAGCUGAAGAAAAACGUGCAAAUGCAGAGGCAAAACUGAAUGAGAAAGCUGUAAGAACCUCUGAAAGAGCAGAUUAUAUCAGAAGGACUGGUAAUCUGCCCUCUUCAUUCUCUUUCAAAUUACCUUCGCUUUGCUGGUAGCCACCAGAGCCAAAAAGCUGCAUUGCCUGAUUUUCAUAUUUAGUUAUGUAUCUGCCACCAGUUUAUUCUCUUGUCUUUGACAACUUUUUCAAUAUGUAUAUGUCUGAGCUUUAAUGAAUUCUUUCUGGUAUUUUGCCAUAAAUGCUAAGGUGAUGCUUGGUUGCAGAAA